GCCAGCUCGGAAGGAAGGAGGGAAGGGCAGCGAGCGGCAGCGAAGAGUUCGCCUUGACUCCUCCUCCGCCGGUGCCUCCCUCCCUUGCCAAGCCCAGCCUGUGCAACUGAGUGAGAGGAUCACUCCGCAAUGCCUGCCCCUCUCUGACUGCACGGGCCCCGCGCUCCUGCCGCCGCCGCCACCGAGCGGAGCCUGCGGAUUGGUCCCCACCGACGGCGCAGCCGGCCGGCCAGGCCGCGGGACCCGGAGGCGAGCAGCGGCCGCCGCUGCGCGGGUGCGCCCGGCCGCCCGGCCGCCAGGUGCCGCGCAACCGGCCGCCGAGAUGCGCAGCCCGCCGGGGCUCCGCGCGCUGUGGCUCUGCGCCGCGCUGUGCGCCUCCCCGUGUGCCGGCGGCGCCCCCCAGCCCGGAGCGGGGCCUGCCGCCUGCCCGGCCCCCUGCCACUGCCAGGAGGACGGCAUCAUGCUGUCCACCGACUGCUCCGAGCUGGGGCUCUCGGCUGUGCCGGGGGACCUGGACCCCCUGACGGCUUUCCUAGACCUGAGCAUGAACAACCUCACGGAGCUUCAGCCGGGCCUCUUCCACCACCUGCGCUUCCUGGAGGAGCUGCGACUCUCUGGGAACCAUCUCUCACACAUCCCAGGACAAGCAUUCUCUGGUCUCUACAGCCUGAAAAUCCUGAUGCUGCAGAACAACCAGCUGGGACGGAUCCCUGCCGAGGCGCUGCGGGAACUGCCGAGCCUGCAGUCUCUGCGCCUAGAUGCCAAUGUCAUCUCCCUGGUCCCGGAGAGGAGCUUUGAGGGGCUGUCCUCCCUGCGCCACCUGUGGUUGGACGACAAUGUACUCGCCGAGAUCCCGGUCAGGGCCCUCAACAACCUCCCUGCCCUGCAGGCCAUGACCCUGGCCCUCAACCGCAUCCGCAGCGUCCCUGACUAUGCCUUCCAGAACCUCAGCAGCCUCGUGGUGCUGCAUCUUCAUAACAACCGCAUCCAGCAUCUGGGGCCUCACAGCUUCGAGGGGCUGCACAAUCUGGAGACCCUAGACCUGAAUUAUAACGAGCUGCAGGAGUUCCCUGUCGCCAUCCGGACCCUGGGCAGGCUGCAGGAACUGGGCUUCCAUAACAACAACAUCAAGGCCAUCCCGGAGAAGGCUUUCAUGGGCAACCCUCUGCUGCAGACCAUACACUUCUAUGAUAACCCGAUCCAGUCUGUGGGAAGGUCAGCGUUUCAGUCCCUGCCCAAGCUGCACACGCUUUCCCUGAAUGGCGCCACGGACAUCCAGGAGCUCCCUGACCUCAAAGGCACCACCAGCCUGGAGAUCCUGACCCUGACCCGCGCAGGCAUCCGGCUGCUCCCACCAGGGAUGUGCCAACAGCUGCCCAGGCUCCGAGUCCUAGAAUUGUCUCACAAUCAAAUCGAGGAGCUGCCCAGCCUGCACAGAUGUCAGAAGCUGGAGGAAAUCGGCCUCCAGGACAACCGCAUCUGGGAAAUCGGAGCUGACACCUUCAGCCAGCUGACCUCCCUGCGGGCCCUGGACCUGAGCUGGAAUGCCAUCCACUCCAUCCACCCCGAGGCCUUCGCGACCCUGCGCUCCCUGGUCAAGCUGGACCUGACAGACAACCAGCUCACCACCCUGCCCCUGGCUGGCCUCGGGGGCCUGGUGCACCUGAAGCUCAGAGGGAACCUGGCUCUAUCCCAGGCCUUCUCCACGGACAGUUUCCCCAGACUGAGGAUCCUGGAGGUGCCCUAUGCCUACCAGUGCUGUGCCUAUGGCAUCUGUGCCGGCUUCUUCAAGGCCUCUGGGCAGUGGGAGGCUGAGGACUUCCACCUUGAGGAGGAGGAGGCUCCAAAGAGGCCCCUGGGCCUGCUGGCUGGGCAAGCGGAGAACCACUAUGACCUGGACCUGGACGAGCUCCAGCUAGGGAUGGAGGAUGCGAAGCCACAGCCUAGUGUCCAGUGUAGCCCUACUCCAGGCCCCUUCAAGCCCUGUGAGCACCUCUUUGAGAGCUGGGGCAUCCGCCUGGCUGUGUGGGCCAUCGUGCUGCUCUCUGUGCUCUGUAACGGGCUGGUGCUGCUGAGCGUGUUUGCCGGUGGGCCUGGCCCCCUGUCCCCUGUCAAGUUCGUGGUGGGUGCAAUUGCAGGGGCCAACACCUUGACUGGCGUUUCCUGUGGCCUCCUAGCCUCGGUGGAUGCCUUGACCUACGGCCAGUUCGCGGAGUACGGAGCCCGCUGGGAGGUGGGGCUGGGCUGCCAGGCCACGGGCUUCCUGGCUGUCCUGGGGUCCGAGGCCUCCGUGCUGCUGCUCACCCUGGCUGCGGUGCAGUGCAGUGUCUCCGUCUCCUGCGUCCAGGCCUACAGGAAGGCCCCCUCCCUGGGCAGCGUUCGAGCAGGGGCCCUGGGCUGCCUGACGCUGGCAGGGCUGGCGGCGGCCCUGCCCCUCACCUCAGUGGGAGAAUACGGGGCCUCCCCACUCUGCCUGCCCUAUGCCCCACCCGAGGGCCGGCCAGCAGCCCUGGGCUUUGCAGUGGCCCUGGUGAUGAUGAACUCCCUCUGCUUCCUGGUAGUGGCUGGUGCCUACAUCAAACUCUACUGUGACCUGCCGAGGGGCGACUUUGAGGCUGUGUGGGACUGUGCCAUGGUGAGGCAUGUGGCCUGGCUCAUCUUCGCCGACGGGCUCCUCUACUGUCCCGUCGCCUUCCUCAGCUUCGCCUCCAUGUUGGGCCUCUUCCCUGUCACCCCUGAGGCUGUCAAGUCUGUUCUGCUCGUGGUGCUGCCCCUGCCUGCCUGUCUCAACCCUCUGCUCUACCUGCUCUUCAACCCCCACUUCCGGGAUGACCUGCGGCGGCUCUGGCCCUGCACAGGGGCUCCGGGGCCACUGGCCUGUGCUGCUGCUGGCGAGCUGGAGAAGAGCUCCUGUGAUUCCACCCAGGCCCUGGUGGCCUUCUCUGAUGUGGAUCUCAUUCUGGAAGCUUCUGAGGCUGGGCGGCCCCCUGGGCUGGAGCCCUAUGGCUUCCCCUCAGUGACCCUCAUCUCCUGUCAGCAGCCAGGGGGCCCCAGGCUGGAGGGCAGUCAUUUUGUAGAGCAGGAAGGAACCCACUUUGGGAACCCACAACCCUCCGUGAAUGGAGAACUGCUGCUGAGGGCAGAGGGGGCCACGUCAUCAGGCGGGACCUUGUCGCUGGACAGGGGCUUGCAGCCCUCUGGCUCGGCCUUUGCCUCACACUUGUAAAUGCGCCUCCCCAUUCUUCUCUGCCCGUCCCUUCCUCUCUCCUCCUGCGUGGAUGAUAGCUGCUUGUAAAAUAAACGCAACCGAACUCAA